AUGGCGGUCGUAGCUCCCCGCAAAGAGGUUGGCGGUGCCUGCCAUUACGUCACCUGCCUUAGCCUAUCCGGCAUCCCGGCACGAUCGCUCAAAUACCUACCUGCAUCGCCUCAUCUCCAGCCUCUCGCUCAAGCCCCAUUUGUCGCUACUACAGUCCACGGAACGUGA